ACACUCUCAAAGACAGACUACAGACAGUCUCCACAGCGCUAAGAUAUGGGCUUACUCUAAGUGAAACCUGGAACUUAUCUUUUAAACCUACAAACAAGAAGACUUAAAAGAGAAAGUUAGACUGAGAGAGAAAGUAAGAAAGAGAUACAACUUGCCCAGGAAGAUGGAAAACUGAUCGUGUCAAAAGCUUUGAAUCUUUAGUGGGGGUAAAAGAGGAGCACGGACAAGCCUGAGGAUACUACAGAUUAUGUUGCCAUGGAAACCAAAACCUGGAAGCGGACGCAAGGACCACUGAAGGUGGACAAUCUCCCUUGACUGCAUCCUUGACAAGUUACUGUCCCGCUGAGAGAAUGCUGUGGAGAAUAACUAUCCCCGUCAUACUGGCUGGGGUGCUCUGCAUCACCGUAGAGACCAAAAAGUCCAGGCCCCAGGGAUCCAUCCCAUCCCCACACAAGUCCAAAGGGAACCUGUCUUCAGAGCGUCACCAGCGGCUAUUGCAGCAGAAACCCGAGGUGCUGUCUUCCAGCAGGGAGGCCUUGGUGGUGACAGAGCGCCGCUACCUCCGCAGAGACUGGUGCAAGACCCAGCCUCUUCGUCAGACAAUCAGCGAGGAGGGCUGCCGCAGCCGCACUGUAGUCAACCGUUUUUGCUACGGCCAGUGCAACUCCUUCUAUAUUCCCCGUCAUAUGGGCCCCAGCUCGGGUCAGGGUCAGAAUCGAGGCCAAGCCUCUGGUUCUGGAAGGAAAAGCCACAACAAGGCCCAGGAGCCGUUCCAGUCCUGCUCCUUCUGCAGGCCACACCGCAUCACUCAGCUCACAGUGCAGCUAGACUGUCCAGACCUGCAGCCCUCUUUUAGACACCGUAAGGUACAGAGGGUCAAACAAUGUCGCUGCAUGUCUGUGGAUGUCAGUGGCCAUGGGAAACUGUGAAGAACUUUUAAAAUUGAAAUGACAUAGAAGUAUUGUCAAAGGCUGAAUUGGCCAUACUUUGCCAAACAAUGACUGGCUUCAAGUUGAACUAUUCUUCAUCAUGUUGUACAAAUAACAUCUUCCCAACAUCCCACAAUAAAAUGGCAUGAAACAUUGAACUGGUAUUAUUAAACAAAGACUCAACAUUUAAUCAGAGACUGUAAUGUGACAUGUUUUUCUGCAGGUGGAUCUAUCACACAGUUUGCCAGCAAUGUUUUUACCAACUAUAUUGGACAUUUACGGUGUUUUACAAGUAUUGUAUCUGUUAUCCUGUAUCUUUUCCUUAACUUAUAUUUCCCAGAUGAUACACACCUUGAUGUCAAGGAAAUGAUUUAAAGAAACAAAGCAUCACAGCAAUGACCAAUGACAUCCAUCUGCUUGUACACAAGCAUGGCUGUCUACUGUACAUUUGCCACUAAUAUACUAGCCAGUAGGAAAAACAUACUGCAGCAUGUGUAAUGGAGGUGCAAUGCAAUAUAUACAGUAUAUAUAUAUUUUAUGUAUGUGAAAAGUAUAUUAAAUCUAUUUCAUAUAAAAAAAAAAAAGUGGUGUUUA